GCAUAAAUUUUCUUCACAACAAAUGAAGAUAUUUAAUAAGGAACCUGUUAGUUUAUUGUAACAGUUUUUAAUACCCACAAGCAAACUAACAGGUUACUUAUGGAGGACUAAUGAGGUCUCCAUUUCCAAUCAUCAGAAAUGGAUCCUGCCAUAUGGAGCCAUCUGCCAGAAGAACUUUUGGAGCAUGUUCUCUAUUUUCUGCCUCUCAGAACGUUCUUGAAUUUGAGAUCAACAUGUAAGCAUUUCAAGUCUCUUCUAUUUUCACCUUCUUUCAUGUCUAAAUACUCUUCUUCUUCUUCAAGUUUCCCGUCUUUUAUUUUGCUAUCUCAUCCCCAGUGUUACCUUCACUUCCCUCUUUAUGACUCCAACCUUGGAACCUGGCGCUGUUUGUCUCGCUCCCUCUCUGCUUUGCAACCCUGCGCCGCUGGUGCUUCGUCUACUCUUUUAUCAUCCUCUAAUGGCCUCUUUUGCUUUUCUCUUCCUACUUUGUCGUCUUUUCUUGUCUGUAAUAUAUUGACCAUGUCUUCGAGAAUCAUCAAGUUCCCCACUUAUCCUUUUGCUUUUGAGUCCCUGACUUUGGUUUCUACGCCUUCUGGUUAUAAAAUCUUUAUGUUCUCCACAAAAUUUUCUCCGAAUUACUGUUUUGUUUAUGAUUCAAGGGAACUGUGUUGGAGGAUAUUUGAUGUUUUUGAUUCGAUGCUCAGUGGCAGUGAUCAUCAAGAACCUGUAUUCUGUAAUGGGUCAUUGUAUUUUACAACUCCAGAGCCGUUUUCAAUAGUGAGCUUUGAUUUGGAAAGUGGAAAAUGGGACAGACUCGAUGGUAACUUGCCUACUGAGGUUACAUUUGUUAGACUGGUAAGUGAUGGUGAAGGGAAGUUGUAUUUGAUUGGUGGAAUUGGAAUAAAUGGGAUUUCAAGUAGCAUGAAACUGUGGGAAUUGGGCGAUGGAGGAACAUGGAUUGAAGUGGAGAGCUUGCCUGAAUUGAUGUGUAGAAAAUUCAUGUCAAUUUGUUACCACAAUUAUGAGCACGUUUAUUGCUUUUGGCAUCAAGGUAUGAUCUGUGUUUGCUGCUACACAUGGCCAGAGAUCUUGUACUUCAAGGUUUCAAGAAGGACUUGGCAUUGGCUGCCCAAAUGCCCUUUAAUUCCAGACAAGUGGAGCUGUGGUUUCAGAUGGUUUUCCUUUGUUCCAGAGCUGUACGCUUUGGUUUGACCUACUUAUCUUCAUAUGCCAGAUUCUGUGGAUCUUUGUUCAUUUAAAACCUAUUUAUAAUUUUAACUGCUUGCAUAUGUAAUCCAGUACCUCUUAUUGAAAGUUGUGGCCCUUGUGAUCGUAUUGACCCAGUCUUCUUUCAUAAAUAAAGUUCUCUGAAAUAUUUUACUCUUGAUUCUA